GCCCGGCACCUGGUGCCUCCCCCGAGGUUCAGAAUCCCUGCGUCCCGGGAGCGGAAACGCCCGGCUGUGUUAGGGUUUCUAAACCUGUCUGGGAGAACCUGAGUAGGCCACGCAAACUGAAAAUCUUGAAUCAUCAAAACUGCUUUUCAGAGAAAGAAACAGAUGCAAGAAGCUGAAGCCCCACCUGACUCACAUCUACCGCCAAGGCUGACAACUUACUGAAGGGCCUUCAUUUGAUUUGAGUUAAUAACAGGGACAGGGCCAAAGCAACUCAAGGCCACAGCCUAAUUUGGCUCUGUAAUGUGAUCUUGUAACAGGCAAGACCAUUGUAGACUAUAGCUUCAGAGCUAGAAAGGCCAUUAGGUGGUUGCACUUACUAAUCCCCAUGUUACCAUGCGUUGGGACAUCAGCUGUCCUUCCCUCCUGUCCUCUUUCUCCACUUGUCCCCAGAAAGGCAAGAUGAGUGAUCUGAUCCUCAAGUUUGAGAGCUGCUGAACACAGCCUAGUUCAUUGCAAACAAGUGAGUUUGACUCAUCAGAUGAAGAGCCUAUUGAAGAUGAACAGACUCCAAUUCAGAUAUCAUGUUUUGUCUUUUCAGGCUACCCCUGUCACGAGUGAAUUGUUCUCAGUUUCUGGGUUUGUGUGCUCUUCCAGGUUGUAAAUUUAAAGAUAUUAGAAGAAAUAUCCAAAAAGAUACAGAAGAAUUAAAGAACUAUGGCAUACAAGACAUAUUUGUUCUCUGCACCAGAGGAGAACUGUCAAAAUACAGAGUCCCAAACCUUUUGAACCUCUACCAGCAGCACGGAAUUACCACUCAUCAUCACCCAAUCCCAGAUGGAGGGACUCCCGACAUAGCCAGCUGCUGUGAAAUAAUGGAGGCGCUUGCAAUCUGCCUUAAAAAUAACAGAAAAACCUUAAUACACUGUUAUGGAGGAGUUGGGAGAUCUUGUCUUGGUAAGAAAUAUGUUUUCAUUAUUCAGUAUUUUUUAACUUGGAAGUUAAACUGCUUCUGGGCCAUAUGCUCAUGGUAUGAAAAUGAAACGAAGCACAGUAUAAGUCCGCUACGACCCGUCCGUUUAGUUAAGGCCCUAAGUUUGGUGUUCCCCAGGAAGCUGAGGUGGGAGUGGGAGGUGUUUUCAGCAUUGUUUUGGAGAAUUCUGUAAAACAUAAUUUACAAGUCUUGGCACCUGCAUUCUUGUGUUUUGUUUUGUUUUCUAAUGUUACUCCUAUGCAGGUGUUAUGAUACCAACAGUAACUUCUAAAUAAUAUCCACCUGUAACAUAAGUAUGAAAACCAAAGUUAAUUACCAUCUGUUAACUUUAAACUUUUUUAAAAAUGUAGUAGGGGGAAAAAACAGUUAAUAAAAUGCCACACUGGAGUAACAGUUUUUCCUUUUAGUAUUGGACAGUAUGGAAAUUAAAAACUUUUGUGUUUCAGAGAACCACCAGCAAAAUUAAGACAACCCCCAGAGUGGGGAAAAUAUUUGCAAACCAUAUAUCUGAUAAGGGACUCACCUAGAAUAUACAAAGAACUCUUACAACUCAAUAAAAAGACAAUCCAAUUUUUAAAAAGAGAAAAGAUCUGAAUAGAUAUUUCUCCAAACAAACUAUACAAAUGACCACUAAGCACAUGAAAAGAUAGAUGUUCAGCAUCACUAGUCAUCAGGGAAAUGCAAAACAAAGCCACAA